GCCGCCGCCGCUCACCUGCACCCACAGCCCGCCCUCGGUGCGCGCCGGCCCGCCCGGCCCCCGCCGCUCCCCAGCGCCACCAUGAACUCACUCUUCAGGAAGAGAAACAAAGGCAAAUACAGCCCCAAGGUGCAGACCCGCAGCAUCUCCAACAAGGAACUGUCGGAGCUGAUCGAGCAGCUGCAGAAGAAUGCUGACCAGGUCGAGAAGAACAUCGUGGACACCGAGGCCAAGAUGCAGAGCGACCUGGCCCGGCUGCAGGAGGGCUGGCAGCCGGAGCACCGGGACGUGGCCCUGCAGAAGGUGUCGGACUCCGAGAAGCUGCUGUACGUGCUGGAGGCGGAUGCGGCCAUCGCCAAGCACAUGCGGCACCCGCAGGGGGACAUGAUCACCGAAGACAUCUGCCAGCUGAAGGAGCGCGUGAGCAACCUGCGCGGGAAGCACAAGCACGUCUACAGCCUGCCGGUGAAGGAGGCGGACCCCAAGGUCAACUGGGCGGCGCUGGUGGAGGAGAAGCUGGACAAGCUGAGCAGCCAGGGCUUCGGGACGGACCUGCCGCUGGUGGACAGCCAGGUGGAGCAGCACAAUAUCUUCCACAACGAGGUCAAGGCCAUCGGGCCCCACCUGGCCAAGGACGGGGACAAGGAACCCACCAGUGAACUCCAGGCCAAGUACCAGAAGCUGCUGGCGGCGUCAGAGGCGCGGCAGCAGCACCUGCGCUCGCUGCAGGACUACAUGCAGCGCUGCACCAACGAACUCUACUGGCUGGACCAGCAGGCCAAGGCCCGCGUGCAGUACGACUGGAGCGACCGCAACCUGGACUACCCCAGCCGCCGACGCCAGUACGAGAAUUUCAUCCACCGGAACCUGGAGGCCAAGGAGGAGCGGAUCAACAAGCUACACAGCGAGGGAGACCAGCUGCUGGCCGCUGAGCACCCUGGCAGGAACUCCAUUGAGGCGCACAUGGAGGCCGUGCACGCAGACUGGAAGGAGUACUUGAACCUGCUCAUCUGUGAGGAGAGCCACCUCAAAUACAUGGAGGACUACCACCAGUUCCACAAGGAUGUAAAGGACGCUCAGGAGCUGCUGCGCAAGGUGGACUCGGACCUGAACCAGAAGUACAGCCCCGACUUCAAGGACCGGUACCAGAUCGAGCUGCUGCUGCGGGAGCUGGACGACCAGGAGAAGGCCCUGGACAAGUACGAGGACGUGGUGCGGGGGCUGCAGAAGCGAGGCCAGCAGGUGGUGCCGCUCAAGUAUCGCCGGGAGACCCCGCUCAAGCCCAUCCCCGUGGAGGCGCUGUGCGACUUCGAGGGGGAGCAGGGCCCGAUCUCCCGGGGCUACAGCUACACGCUGCAGAAGAACAACGGCGAGAGCUGGGAGCUCCUGGACGGCGCCGGGAACAAGCUGACCGCCCCGGCCGUCUGCUUCAUGAUCCCGCCCACUGACCCCGAGGCCCUGGCUCUGGCGGACAGCCUGGGCAGCCAGUACCGGAGCGUGCGGCAGAAGGCAGCCGGGAGCAAGCGCGCACUCCAACAGCGGCACGAAGUGUUGAAGACGGAGAACCCUGGAGAUGCCUCGGACCUACAGGGGCGGCAGCUACUGGCCGGGCUGGACAAGGUGGCCCGUGACCUGGAGCGGCAGGAGAAGGCCAUCACGGGCAUCCUGCGGCCGCCGCUAGAGCAGGGCCGGGCCGUGCAGGACAGCGCCGAGCGGGCCAAGGAACUCAAGAGCAUCGCCGAAGAGCUGCUGCGUAUUGAGCCCGAGAAGACACACAGCACGGCCGAGUGUGACGCCUUCGUCCAGGCCCUCCCAGGCAGCGGCUCGGUGCCCUUGCUGAAGACCCGCGUGGAGGACACCAACCGGAAAUACGAGCGCCUGGUGCAGCUGCUGGACUCGGCCCAGGAGAAGGUCGACGUGGCCAACCGCCUGGAGCAGAGCCUGCAGCAGGGCCGGGAGCUGCUGGCCACACACGAGGCGCGGCUGAGCCAGGAUGACACAGUGCCUGAGAGUGGCCCCAUCCUGGACAGCAAGAGGCAGGAGCUAGCGGCCAUGGCCUCCGAGCUGCAGGCCCAGGAGGCCCUGCUGGGUGAGGUACAGCAGAACCUGCAGGCGGCCAAGCAGUGCGCCAGCUCCCUGGCCAGCCACUUCCAGGAGCACUGCCCGGACCUGGAGCGCCAGGAGGCCGAAGUGCACAAGCUGGCCCAGCGCUUGGACAACCUGCGCCAGCAGGUGGAGCGCAGGGUCCAGAGCUUACAGGGAGCUGCGGCCGCCUACGACGAGUUCCGCCGCGGCCACGACCACGUGCUCCGCUUCUUGACCAGCAUCCCCAGUUACGAGCCCCAGGAGACGGACAGCCUCAGCCAGGUGGAGACCAAGCUGAAGAACCAGAAGAACCUGCUGGAUGAGAUAGCAAGCAGGGAACAGGAAGUACAGAAGGUGUGCGCCACCUCCCAGCAGUACCAGCAGGCUGUGAAGGACUAUGAGUUGGAAGCAGAGAAGCUCAGAUCCCUUCUCGACCUGGAGAACGGGAGGAACAGCCACGUGAGCAAGAGAGCCCGGCUACAGGCCCCCGCCGCCAAGGUGAAGGAAGAGGAAGCGGCUCUGGCGGCCAAGUUCACGGAAGUCAAUGCCGUCAACAGACAGCGGCUGCAGAACCUGGAGUUUGCGCUCCAUCUCCUGCGGCAGCAGCCAGGCGUGGAAGUGACCCGGGAGACCGCACAGGGGAGCGCGCCGGGCUCGGGCGUGGAAGAGACGUGGAAGAUGAAGAAGGAGCUGGACGAGGAGACCGAGAGGAGGCAGCAGCUGGAGAGCGAGGUCAGGAGCGCCCAGGAGGAAGUCCGGAGCCUGCGGACCCAGCGGCCUCAGGAGGCGGUGGUGACGAAGGAGGUGCUCAAGCGGGUACCGGACCCGGCGCUGGAGCAGAGCUUCCAGCAGCUGCAGCAGACCCUGGCCGAGGAGCAGCACAAGAACCGGCUGCUGCAGGCCGAGCUGGAGGCGCUGCAGCCCCGGCUGCGCGCCCUGGAGCAGGAGGCCCGCAGCGGAGGCCAGGAGUACGUGGUCAAGGAGGUCCUGCGCAUCGAGCCCGACGCCGCCCAGGGAGACCAGGUCCUGCGCCUGCGCGAGGAGCUCGAGGUGCUGAGGCGGCAGAAGGGCGCCCGGGAGGCGGAGGUGCUGCUCCUGCAGCAGCGCGUGGCGGCCCUGGCCGAGGAGAAGAGCCGGCCGCAGGAGGUGGUCACCGAGAGGGAGGUGGUCAAGCUCCAGAACGACCCCCAGCUGGAGGCCGAGUACCGGCAGCUGCAGGAGGAGCGCCAGCGGGAGGGCGCGCUCAGGGAGCGGCAGGAGGAGGAGCUGAGCUUCCUGCAGGACAAGCUCAAGAGGCUGGAGAGGGAGCGGGCCAUGGCCGAGGGCAAGAUCACCGUCAAGGAGGUGCUCAAGGUGGAGAGGGACGCGGCCGCCGAGAGGGAGGUGGGCGAGCUGGCCCGCCAGUACGAGGACGAGGCCGCCCAGGCGCGCGCCAGCCAGAGGGAGAAGACGGAGCUGCUCCGCAAGAUCUGGGCGCUGGAGGAGGAGAACGCCAAGGUGGUGGUGCAGGAGAAGGUGCGCGAGAUCGUGCGGCCCGACCCCAAGGCCGAGAGCCAAGUGGCCAACCUGCGCCUGGAACUCGUGGAGCAGGAGCGCAAGUACAGGGGGGCCGAGGAGCAGCUGCAGAGCUACCAGAGCGAGCUGGAGGCGCUCCGGCGGCGGGGCCCCCAGGUGGAAGUGAAGGAAGUGACUAAGGAGGUCAUCAGGUACAAGACGGACCCGGAGAUGGAGAAGGAGCUGCAGCGGCUCAGGGAGGAGAUCGUCGACAAGACCAGGCUCAUCGAGCGCUGCGACCUGGAGAUCUACCAGCUGAGGCAGGAAAUCCAGGCCCUCAAAGACUCCAAGCCCCAGGUCCAGACCAAAGAGGUGGUCCAGGAGAUCCUGCAGUUCCAGGAAGACCCCCAAACCAAGGAGGAAGUGGAGUCGCUGAGGGCGAAGCUGUCGGAAGAGCAGAAGAAGCAAGUGGACCUGGACAGGGAGCGGGCGGCCCAGGAGGAGAAGAUCAGACAGAAGGAGGAGGAGCUGGCGCAGGUGACCGAGAGGGUGGUGCGGCAGGAGGUGGUGCAGUACGAGGAGGAGCCCGGCCUGCGCGCUGAGGUGAGCGCCUUCACUGAGAGCAUCGACGCGGAGCUCCGGCAGAUCGACAAGCUGCGCGCCGAGCUGCGGCGGCUGCAGCAGCGGCGCGGGGAGCUCGAGCGGCAGCUGCAGGAGCUGGAGCGUGAGCGCCAGGCGCGCCGGGAGGCCGAGCGGGAAGCGCAGCGGCUGCAGCAGAGGCUGGCCGUGCUGGAGCGCGAGGCGGCCGAGGCCCAUGAGACGGUGACCCGCAAGCAGAAGGUGGUGCUGCAGCAGGAUCCCCAGCAGGCUAGGGAGCACGCCAUGCUCACGGUGCAACUGGAGGAGGAGCGGCACCGGCGGCAGCUGCUGGAGGGCGAGCUGGAGGCCCUGCGCGGGCAGCUGGCUGCCCUGGAGAAGGUGGAGGUCAAAGAGAAGGUGGUCGUGUCCGAGAGCGUGCAGGUCGAGAAGGGCGACACGGAGCAGGAGAUCCAGAAACUCCGGAACAGUCUGGAGGAGGAGAGCCGCAGCAAGAGAGAGCUGGACGCCGAGGUGAGUCGGCUGGAGGCCAAGCUGUCCGAGCUGGAGUUCUGCAACUCCAAGUCGUCCAAGGAACUGGACUUCCUGAGGGAGGAAAACCACAAACUGCAGCUGGAACGGCAGAACCUGCAGCUUGAGACCCAGAGGCUCCAGUCGGAGAUCAAGAUGGCCGCGACGGAAGCACGAGACGCGCGCAGUUCGCCCGCGGCCGACGCCGGGGGCAACCUCGACUCCAGGCUGUGGUCCCUGGAGCGAGAACUGGACGACCUCAAGAGGCUCUCCAAGGACAAAGACCUCGAGAUCGAUGAGCUGCAGAAGCGCCUGGGCUCUGUGGCCGUGAAGAGGGAGCAGAGGGAGAACCACCUGCGGCGCUCCAUCGUGGUCAUCGACCCUGACACAGGCCGGGAGCUGUCCCCCGAGGAAGCCCACCGGGCCGGGCUCAUCGACUGGAACAUGUUUGUGAAACUCAGAAGCCAGGAGUGCGACUGGGAGGAGAUCUCCGUGAAGGGUCCCAACGGGGAGUCCUCGGUGAUCCACGACAGGAAGUCCGGCAAGAAGUUCUCCAUUGAAGAGGCCCUGCAGAGCGGCCGGCUGAGCCCCGCGCAGUACGAGCGCUAUGUCAACAAGGAGAUGUCCAUCCAGGAGCUGGCCGUCUUGGUGUCCGGGCAGAAGUAGGUGCAGCGCUCCCCGCAGCCGCUCCUGCCCAGGCUCCUCGCCCGUGCGGAGCCCAGCAUCUUGCCCUCACCCUCAGCUCACGGAGGAGCGAACAGGCACCAACUCACGGCAGGCACCUCCCACCUCGGCUGUCAUCCUGCCUGCCUGAGUGACCCGCCCUGACCCCGGUGACCUCAGAACCCCAGUGCCGUUCCUUUUUCUCCCUUUUCUUACAUAUUCCCAGCAACAGAUUCCAUGUGAUGCCUGGAGACCAUCUGGAAACGACCAGUGCAUGAGACCACGGCACAUGAGCCUGCUCCAGGCAGCAAGGGCCUGCACUUAGCCAACGGCCAGAUGCCACGGCCGGAAGGACUCCUUCCGUGGGCCUUUAUCUUUAUCUCAUCGGAGGACAAGGCCCCUGAGGGCUGCCUGCCUGCACCUGUAAUCCUCCAGGGUUCUGGCCAAGAACCAACUUUGCCUCAGGCUUCCUCCACACUCGCUCUGCUCGUACGACACACCUGGGCUUUGUCCAGAAAAGGUGCACGGGACCCAGCACGGUGUCUGGGCCUCGCUGCUACGGUGGUCGAGAACUGUCAGCCAGACUCUCCCAGGAAAACGCGCCGCCGUCAGACUGCUCCAUGGUUCUGAAAUGGAGGCAUCUGAGUAGUGGACUGUGUUGCUGUUAGCCCUGGUUUCAACGCCUUACAAGUCUUGCUUAUGAUCUCACCGGUAUUUAGGUAUAUCAGACAGCUGAUUGUUCAGUUAAGUUUCUGGUUCUCUGCAUCUCUACAACCCUAACCUCACAUGCAUUAUGUAAGAAAGUGGCAGGUAAUAGGGAACUUUAUUUAUAGCAUGAAAAUAAAAAGCUGGUGGCUUGAUCCUCAUCUCACAGCGAGCAUGUUUCAUCCCCUUUGGCACCUGAGACCUCUUCUCC